AAUCCAGAUCACGCACAUAGUUUAAUGCUUUUACCUACCAAAGAACAAUCUUUGCUUAGGAGGAGAAAUAGCUUCGGAGUGAGGCAAGCUAGAUGGGUGCAUCGGUUGUGUCUCCUCGUUCACAAUAAACCUCUUUAGAAAGCAAUCUUCUGCUCCUGCUGUACACCGUUCAUCUGCCGGCACCAUACUCGCUCCCAUCUCGGUGGAGGAAUGGGUACAAUAUUGCUCGACACACCGUGACCACCUCCGUCCCUCCCUCGGUAGAGACGACGGCCGUGACGUAGCAAAACAGAGCAUGUCGUGUACUUUGGUCCUUUUGCAGGGACCAGACCUGCUCUGUUUCUGUACGUCUGCAUCGCAUUUCCUGCGUCUACCUUCAUACAACAGCUGUCGGAGCGGCAACGGAUGCAGAGAACGGCAGCAAGGAACAGUGACCAACAAAAUAGGAACAGUGACCAACAAAAUCAUCAUCGACGGGAUAGUGGCACAAAGGAAGGGAUUAAACUAGAGAAGGUGGAAGAAGGAACCAAUGAGCAUAAAUACCCCUUCCUUGCCCACUCUUCCCCCUUCUACCCCCCACCGGACGCCUCCCUUCUUCCUCGAUCCAUCCAGAGGCCUCCGACAAGAGGCAAGGAGCAGAAAGGAUCCAGCUAAAGUUCCAGCCUUGAGUUCAGAGGAAGAGGGGCAACGCCCGCGAGAGCUCCGGACGAUGACAAGAUCAUCGAUGGAAGUCCUUCCUCCGACGACGCCGUGCUACCCCGGCUCAAGUUUGUUCCUUGGCGAGAGGAGGAGUAGGGGCUGGAGCGGAACUGGCACUUGGACCGCCGAGGAGAACAAGCGGUUCGAGUAUGCCUUGGCGAAGUUCGACAAAGAGACCCCCGACCGGUGGGAAAGGGUGGCGGCGUCUCUCCCUGGCAAGACGCCGAGGGAUGUGGAAAGCCAUUACCGGAAUUUGCUGAAUGAUGUGAAGCAGAUAGAAGCCGGGCGGAUCCCAUGUCCCGGCUACGACUCGUCUUCUUUUUCGCUGGACUGGGAGAGCUUCGAAGUGCUAAAGCAAUCAUACUGCGUCGGUGGUAGGAGAUCAGGAGCACGAGCAUCGGACCAAGAGAGGAAGAAAGGAGUCCCCUGGACGGAAGAGGAGCACAAGCGAUUUCUGCUCGGUCUUAGGAAGUAUGGUAAAGGAGACUGGAGAAAUAUAUCUCGAAAUUUUGUGAUCACUCGGACCCCGACUCAAGUGGCUAGCCAUGCGCAAAAGUACUUCAUCAGACUCAAUUCAGGUGGCAAAGAUAAGAGGAGGUCCAGCAUACAUGACAUUACCACUGCCAAUUUGCCGGAUAACAGGCCUCCUUCACCGUCUCAGCCAUCUUCUCUUACCUCUCAGCCGUGCUCAGCUCCUGCACCGAUAUGGUCAAGCCCGUACUCAUCGAUCCACGAUACAAAUCCACCUGAUGAAGCGACUGGUACUUUUAGUUCAUCAGCGCAAGUGAGUCAAAUUAUGCAAGCACGAUACGGAGUGGCUGCUUAUGGGUUGAAGCUAGAAGCUCAUGCACCUCAGAGUGGCACUCUUCGUGAUCCAUUGGUUAACGACCAUAAUUUGCUGUUUCGGAUGCAAUCAAGUCAUCAUCUUCCUCACGGAUGAGAUUCUAUUAGUCAGUAUUUGGAUAUUUAUUGCAAAGAAGAACCGGAGGAGGUGAAUGGGGGCUUGGUCGAGGAUGGAAGAUAUGGUGCUUUUUCUUCUACGAUAUCUAGUAUGCCAUUGUACACUAUAAAAAUAAAAAUUUGUACUAGCAGCAAUGCAGUAGCCUCGGUCUGUUGUUGAUCAUGAUCUGAAAUUAAGGGUUCUUGUUCUGUUC